GCGGAUGGCGGCUGCCGCGGCUGUUCAGCUUUGGCGGCAGAGUCACUGAAACGGGGACGCUGGUCCGACGCGUCCGGCAGUGGGAGAAGAGCGGCGGCCGCUCCCAACAUGCACAGCCUGGCGACGGCUGCGCCUGUGCCUACUGCACUGGCUCAGGUAGAUAGAGAAAAAAUCUAUCAAUGGAUCAAUGAGCUGUCCAGUCCUGAGACAAGGGAAAAUGCUUUGCUGGAGCUGAGUAAGAAGCGAGAAUCUGUCCCUGAUCUUGCACCCAUGCUGUGGCAUUCAUUUGGUACUAUUGCAGCACUUUUACAGGAAAUUGUAAAUAUUUAUCCAUCUAUCAACCCCCCCACCUUGACAGCACACCAGUCUAACAGAGUUUGCAAUGCUCUGGCUUUGCUGCAAUGUGUGGCAUCACACCCGGAAACCAGGUCAGCAUUUCUUGCAGCACACAUCCCACUUUUUUUGUACCCCUUUUUGCACACUGUCAGCAAAACGCGGCCCUUUGAAUAUCUUCGGCUAACCAGUCUUGGAGUUAUUGGGGCCCUAGUGAAAACAGAUGAGCAGGAAGUAAUCAACUUUUUAUUGACAACAGAAAUUAUCCCUUUGUGUUUGCGCAUUAUGGAAUCUGGAAGUGAACUUUCUAAAACGGUAUGUGCUUUUCAACGUAGAUUCUAUAUUUUGUUGGCUCUUGGACUAUUUAUGGUCCUAGGAUCAUUUUCUGUGUCCCUUCAGGCUUCUUGAAACUUCUAUGUAUUUAUUUUCUCUUUUAGAUAAAAAUUGUUAAAAAAUGAUCAUUUAAAAACCCCAACCCUUAAGAAGAAUAUAAAGUUAAACAC